CUGCCGGAGCUGUCCCUGGGACUUAGUGCUGAAGUAGGCUCCGGCGAACCAGGCGCCUGGUGCAGUGGCCAGAGAAGACCAUGGCGUUCAUGGUGAAGUCUAUGGUGGGUGGCCAGCUGAAGAACCUCACCGGAAGCCUGGGGGGCGGCGAGGACAAAGGGGAUGGAGACAAGUCUGCAGCCGAAGCACAGGGCAUGAGCCGAGAAGAGUACGAGGAGUAUCAGAAGCAACUGGUGGAGGAGAAAAUGGAGCGAGAUGCACAGUUCACACAGAGGAAGGCGGAACGGGCCACACUGCGGAGUCACUUCAGAGACAAAUACCGUCUGCCCAAGAAUGAGACAGAUGAAAGCCAGAUCCAGCUGGCAGGAGGAGACGUGGAACUGCCUCGGGAGCUAGCCAAGAUGAUCGAAGAGGACACGGAGGAAGAAGAAGAUAAGGCCUCUGUGCUGGGACAGCUGGCCAGCCUCCCUGGCUUAGACCUCAGCUCACUCAAGGACAAGGCCCAGACUACACUAGGGGACCUCAAGCAAUCAGCUGAGAAGUGCCACAUCAUGUGACCACUUCCCCUGGGGUUACCUCUGGGAUGGCCAGAGGGCUGGUCCCAUGUGAGGGCUAGGAGAGUGUCUCAGCUUCCAGAUACCUCCAUUCCAUCUUGGGCUCCCCCCACCCCGUCCCAGCCUAGCCCCAGAGCCUUCUCGUCCAUGUCCAGCCUGGGCUCUGACUCAUCCUCUUUAUUGCCAGCAAAGUCCUCAUUCUUCCUUCUCUGCCUCUUCGGCCCAGAAAGGUUGCCAAGUUGAUAGGAUUAGCCCAACCCUCUCUGGGUACAGUCCCCUGUUCUUUCACACAAGAGCACUCACAGAAGGAUACAGGAGCCCUGGCUCAUUUGCCACAGAUGCAUCCUGGCACACAUAGACACACACCCCUUGGGUUGCCAGCCCCUGCAGAUACCAGCACUUGGAUGCUCAGAGGGACUCUGGGCACACAGGAAGCCUGUUUCUAUCCCCACCUUUAUCAUCCUAGAAGCUGCUCCUUUCGGGUUUUGUCUCGCCAUCUGUAAAGUGGGGAUGGACUAAGUGAUUUCUAAAAUUCUCUCCUGAUUGGCAUCCCUGACCGCUCAGAACAGAGCUCACAUCCCUUCUUGGGCAGGGCAGCAGCUGCAGCCACAGCAUCACACAGCUGCCACUGUGGGCUCUGGGAGCGGAGCAAUGCUGUGUGAGGGGCGGGGUGCCAAGGAUGGAGCUGGCACUGAACAGUAGCGCCAACAGCUCCAGACCGACUCUGGGCCCAGGGCCCAGCCAGAAUUUGUUCUGUUCCUGUAGAAUUCUCUAGAUUCCAUAGUUGGAAUUUCCUCUUCUCGUUGAGUGGAAAAUAAAAAUUCCAA